GCCCAAUAUUGGAUCGGAGGACCGUUUGACGAAUUACUGAAUCAGAACAAUUUUCACGAACCAGGCUACGCAAAACAAGCGUAGUAUAAAUCUCCCUCUCUCCCUCUCUCUCUCUUUCUCUCUCUCUCUCUCUAUACAUUCACUCACUUUGAUACAAGGGAGGAAAAUCCAGUUAAUCAUCGAAGAAGGAUACUCUGAUUCUGUCUGGAUUACAGAUUGUUGUAGAUAUUUCGCUGGUUUUUAGAACCCUAAUUUUGCGCAUUUUUGGAUGGGAAUCAAUUCAAUACAUUGGUGUUGAACAAAGUGAUUGAAUUAUUCGCUGCAAGUAUAAUCUUGGUGGAUCUGGUUAUGAUGAAAAAGUGGCUGGGGAGGUUUUUGUUUACAUCAGAGAGAAUUAAUUUGAGGGGAUUCAUCGUCGGUGGUGCUAGGGUUCUCUUGUAUGUUUGACAAGAAAUUAGGGGAUCAUUAUGCAGCUACACUUCUCACCUAGCAUGAGAAGUGUAACGAUAUCGAGCAGCAAUGGGUUUAUUGACUUGAUGAAGAUCAAGGUCGCAGCUCGGCACAUUUCUUAUCGAACUCUUUUCCAUACCUUCCUCAUCCUAGCGUUCUUGCUACCUUUUGUUUUCAUCCUCACCGCUCUUGUUACCCUAGAAGGUGUCAACAAGUGCUCCUCAUUCGAUUGUUUAGGCAGGCGUUUGGGUCCAAAGCUUCUUGGAAGGGGUGAUGAUUCAGGGAAACUUGUUAAAGACUUUUACAAGAUCCUUAAUCAAGUGAACCCCGAAGAAGUUUCACAUGAACUACAAAUCCCUGAUAACUUUACACAGCUUGUCUCUGAAAUGAAAAGCAACAAGUACAGUGCCAAAGAUUUUGCUAUCAUCUUGAAAGGAAUGAUGGAGAGAUCCGAGAGGGAGAUUAGAGAAUCUAAACUCCAAGAACUAAUGAACAAACAUUUUGCAGCAAGUUCAGUUCCAAAAGGCAUCCAUUGUCUCUCUUUGAGAUUAACCGAUGAAUACUCAUCUAACGCCCAUGCACGCCGCCAGUUGCCCUCACCGGAAUUUCUCCCUGUUCUUUCUGACAACUCAUAUUACCAUUUUAUCCUUUCAACCGACAACAUCUUGGCAGCUGCUGUUGUAGUCACUUCUGCAGUCCAGUCAUCUCUAACACCUGAAAAGAUUGUUUUCCAUGUCAUCACUGAUAAGAAAACAUACGCAGGCAUGCAUUCAUGGUUUGCCUUAAACCCCAUCUCCCCUGCCAUUAUUGAAGUCAAAGGUGUUCAUCAGUUUGACUGGUUGACCCGAGACAAUGUUCCUGUUCUUGAAGCCGUAGAAAAUCAUAAUGGAAUCCGUAAUUACUAUCAUGGAAAUCAUAUAUCAGGCACUAAUGUUGGUGAUACUGUUACUCCAAGAUCAUUUGCCUCAAAAUUACAAGCUAGAAGCCCUAAAUACAUAUCCUUGCUCAAUCAUCUUCGCAUAUAUCUCCCAGAGCUAUUCCCGAACCUUGAGAAGGUGGUUUUCUUGGAUGAUGAUGUUGUAAUUCAAAGGGAUUUGUCUCCACUUUGGGAAGUUGACCUUGGUGGAAAAGUCAACGGGGCUGUUGAAACGUGUAAAGGUGAAGAUUCAUGGGUAAUGUCUAAAAGAUUCAGAAACUACUUCAACUUUUCUCACCCACUGGUGGCAAAAAGUUUGGAUCCAAAUGAGUGUGCUUGGGCAUAUGGGAUGAAUGUGUUUGAUCUGCGUGCAUGGAGGUUGACCGACAUAAGAGAAACCUAUCAUUCAUGGCUUAAAGAGAAUCUAAGGUCGAAUUUGACAUUAUGGAAACUUGGGACUUUGCCACCAGCUUUGAUUGCAUUUAGGGGACAUGUGCAAGGUAUUGAUCCUACGUGGCAUAUGUUGGGGCUGGGAUACCAGAAGAAGACAAACAUUGAGAGUGUAAAGAAGGCAGCUGUGAUACAUUACAAUGGGCAAUCAAAACCAUGGUUACAGAUAGGCUAUGAACAUCUUCGACCUUUUUGGUCAAAAUAUGUGAAUUACUCCAAUGAGUUUGUCAAGAAUUGUCACAUCUUGGAGUAGUGAUUGCUUUGGGCAUGAACAAAAGGAUGUGUAAAAGAACAUUCAGUCAUAUAUAUAUAUAUGGGAAGAUCAAAGUAUGUUGUCAAUUAUAGAAGAAGCAAGAAAUCAUAGCCACAAAUAGAAUUGGCAAAAGUCAAAAGGACAAAGGUUGCCACCUGGAACAAAGAUUAAUGCAUGAGUGAGAGUGGUGGCAGUGUAAGAAGAUUGAUUCUUUUUGCCUUUUUGGUAUGUAACACAAGACUUUCUUUAUUUUUGCCUAUAUUUUUUAGCCAAUAGGAAUUACGUUCAACUUUAGGCUAAUUAGCUUAAGAAAUUAUGAUGAUUCUUUCUUAAUUUUCUCUUGAUUUUACAUAUAAUUGUGUCUUGAGUUUUUUACUUUUUAUCUUUUUAGGCAGCAGUAGUAGUACAAGGUUGGAAUUGCUUUGUUACAGGAACUUCACAUAUGCCAAGUAUUUGUAUUCAUGAGAAACAUUUAUAAUGAAUGUGCAGUAAAUUCUUUUUUGAUUUUACAUAAUUGUGUUACGUUAUGCACUGAUAGGAACUAGUUGUAUGUUGUGCAUGAACAAUUGUAACAUCAUCUACAUAUACAUUCAUGGGAUGGAAAAGAGAGCUAGAUUUUUGGUAAGAAUUGCAGCAUCAUUGCUCGUGUCUUAUGAUCAGCUGAAAGCCCAAGUUCACGCAUUUCCUGAUACAACUUAGUGGCCGAUUCUGUCUUUUCUCUCAAACAAAACCCCUGAACAGCAGCAUUGUAAAGAUGUGCAUUUGGAGGAACAAGUUUCAAGAUUUCAUGCACUUCGUCAUAGAGGGAACCCCAUAUGCAAGAUCUAAUCAGUGACAACAAAGUUAAAGUGUCGGGAUUGUGUUUUUUAUGAACCAUGUGUUGGUAUACCUGCAAUGCAACUUUUGGCUCAUUUCCAACCUCACAAGCUCCAAUCACACGACAAUAUGAUGUAACAGGAAUCUCCAAUCCCAAAUCCUCCAUCUCCCAUAGUAUCUGCAACCCUCUUCUCCAAGAUCCAAGCUUGUUGCAGGCUGUUAAUGCAGUAUUGUAUAAAUGCAAUCCCAACUCAGAUGGGGAUUCUUGCUGGAUUUUCUCAAAUAACUCAAGUGCAUCACUGUAUUGAUCCGCUCUACAUAGAGCAAUGAGAAGUGCAUUCCAAGUGUAUGAUGUAGGAACAUGCCCUAAACAUCUCAUGCAAUCAUACACUUUAAAUGCAAGAUUCACCUGACCAUUGUUCCCAAGUGAAUGAAUCAAUGCAUUGAAUACAAUGAUGUUUGGAUUCUCUUUUCUUUUCAUCAUAUCACGAAAAACACUUAACGCGAAAUCCCAUCUCCCAUCUUUCACAAACGACAUUACUGCAGCUUCCAUGGUGCGAGUGUCUGGUUCAACCUCGUUUUGAACCAUUUCAAGAUACGCUUCAACUGCUAAUCCGUACUGACAAAACCCUAGAAACAUGGUGACUAACAACCGAUAUGUUACUGAGUUUCCUACACAGUCGUUCUCCUUCAUCUUCCUCCAAAUCCAUUCACUUUUAAUCCAAUCUUUUUCGUCGCGACAAA